GACGAUCAACGAGAGCCGCAAAAGAAACGCGUCUUUGCUUUCAUAAGAUUCCAGAUCUGCGCUGCGAUCGAUCUCUUUGGCUCGUUGAUUCAAAAUCUUCUCGAUUCCCAAUUCGCCGUCUAUCGUCUACGAGAAUCGGCGGAGAAGAAGGAGACGUUAUCUGUUCCCGGAGUUGACUUUUAGGGUUUCCCAGAUCUGGUUUGUUUUCAUCGAGAUUCUAUCUUGUUUGAUUGAUCUGAUUUUGAUUGCCAUCAAAUCCUUGUGUUCUCUUUGUGGCGAUUGUUGGUGAUUUGGGUUUUUUUUUUUUUUUUUGUUGUAUCGUGAUUUUUCGAUUGGUUAUUGAUACGAUGGCGGCAGGAGGAGUUGAAAUCUCGAAAGGCUCUGUCGUCGUUGAUCGUGUUCGUGAUUUUUAUCCUCGUCAGGGUGGUAGGGACGGUGAGAGGCGUCAAACCAAACGACCCAGUGAUUCUGAUCGCUGGUUGAAAGAUGGGCGACGUGAUUUGUAUCAAAGAGGAGAAGCCCGAGAGGGAGAUGUUGGUCAGAGACACCCUGAGAAGAGGAGGAAGCGUUCUCCAGUUUCACCUGCACUUGCUGAGAAGACCAUUGUUGAUGUGGGUUCUGCUAGGAAGAUUUCAUCUGAGGAUCAUGCCGGUGUUCUGAAGUCAACAGAGUAUGUUUCUGCAGUGUCUGUGACGCCUGUUAAACAUCCUUUUGAUGAUCUUGAGGAGGGCCAGUUGGAGGCCGAGCAGGUGGUUCAGGCACCCAAUAUUGCUACGUCUAAGUGGUGUUUGGAAUCUCCAAAGGAUGAGGCAGUUCAUGUUGUCAGGAAUAGCAGAUGGAAUAGGAGCAGCCUUACUCCUGAGAGCGGUGAAUUUCAAGUGGAUUCGUCUGAUGAACAUCGGUCCAAUUCUUCUGGAUCUCGCAGCUUAGAACCCAUCAGUGCUCAUGAGGAUUCAGAGCAUGAGUUGGAGGGUCGUAUUGACAUGGAUGUUGGUGAAGAAGAAUGUUGUGCUUCUGAUUUUAACGACUCGGAAGUUGAUGAACCAGAGGGAGGCCUGAGCAUGCUAUCUGGCAGUAGAGAUGUUAACGAAUACCAGAAGCUAAGCAAGAUAAAUGAAGGAACUUAUGGUGUUGUCUACAAAGCCAAGGACAGAAAGACGGAAGAGAUUGUGGCACUUAAAAUGAUCAAGAUGAACAUGGAAGACGAAUAUGGAUUCCCAUUGACAUCUUUGAGGGAGAUCAACAUUCUUUUGUCUUGCAAUCACCCGUCGAUUGUGAACGUCAAGGAAGUCGUGGUGGGAAACGGUGACAGUGUUUUCAUGGUCAUGGAACACUUGGAACACGACUUGAGGGGCGUUAUGGACAGGAUGAAACAGCCUUUUAGCACCAGUGAGGUCAAAUGCUUGAUGAUUCAGCUGUUGGAGGGUUUGAAGUACCUACAUAGCAACUGGAUCAUCCACAGGGAUCUGAAGCCAUCUAAUCUUCUACUGAACAACAGUGGGGAGCUGAAAAUAUGCGAUUUUGGAAUGGCUAGGCAAUAUGGGAGUCCUAUCAAGCCCUACACGCAGUUGGUUGUCACACAGUGGUACAGGUCCCCGGAGCUUCUUCUAGGAACAAAGGAGUAUUCAACCGCAGUUGAUAUGUGGUCCAUCGGGUGCAUUAUGGGUGAGUUGCUGUCUCUAAAACCUCUUUUCCGAGGGAAAAGUCAGAAUGACAUUGACCAGCUUCAACAGAUAUUUGCGGUUCUUGGAACACCGAGUGAGACAACUUGGCCUGGAUUCACUGCGCUGCCAGGUUCCAAAGCCAAGUUUCGUAAGCAGCCAUACAAUUUACUGCAUUAUUGAAUGUUGACCCUGAGAAGCGACUAACAGUUGACGAGGCUCUUAACCACUCCUGGUUCAGUGAAGUACCUCUCCAGAAAUCCAAGGAGUUCAUGCCUACAUUUCCUUCAAAGCGUAACUGAGAGAUCUAAACUUUUUGAAUUUUUCAUGUUUACUCUUUACUUUGUGAUUCUUGACAUGGGUUUUCAAGAAUGAGGAGUUUGGUCAUCUUUGUGGUGCGGGAAGCGUUACAUCCAUGUGUAUAUAUAUGAAUGGUCCAUGAAACUGCAAGGUGUGUGGGUCUUCCCUCUCUUACUGUCUCUCUUCUCCUUGUCUUUCUUUUAAUCCCCUGUGUACCCUACAGUGUUAAAAUUAAUUGAGAGAGAUGUUGACUUUUAAAUUUCUUUCGUCUUCAUUUUCUUUUGUGUUAUCUUCUUCACGAGGUAAACUUUGGAAGGAGACUUGCCAUCUGUAAGUUACUUUACUUUUGUCAUCUACAACAUUACGUGAACUUGUGGUCUUUUUAUCCAGUUCAUUACCAUGUUGUUUCCUCAUUUAUUCUCAAGGAUAUAUUCAAUUAUGCUGAUCGAUGGUUUGGAAGUAACCGAUGCAUAAAGGCCCCGUUAUUUUCUGAUACUUAUUUAUGCUUCACUUGCUAAUUAUAUCUGGACUAGACUCCAAAAACCUCCAUGAAUUUUUUUUUUGUUACUGAACCUCCAUGAAUCAAAUGUUGCAAUAGUUCGGAUA